CAUUGCCACACGUAACACUUUGCAGCGGCCAUUCAUUGAAAGUCGUCGCCAUCUUAGAUCUGGCAGAAAGUUUAGCCGAGCUCGCGACGGUGUAGCGCAAAAAGUGGUGUGUGGACAUUAUAUUUCGAAUUCGGGAGCCACAAACGCAUAUCGAAGGUGGACUAGACUCCGUGUCCUGCCGUUUUGCAAUCGAAUCCUGUGCUGACGGUUGGGAUAAGGCGCGUCGAAAUUGGCUAACAUAAAUUUUGUUCCGAGUGCGUCGUCGAGUUUAGUGGAAUUUUAAAGGGCAAUUUCGGGAUUAAUGUUUUGCCCGACUGUGUUAGUGAUGUGCUAAAAGUAGUUUCUCGAUCUUCGCGGAGGUUGCUUGUUGGCGUAUGAAGGGAGCGAAUGUGGUUCGAGUUAUAACCAGCUGGUUCCAAAUGUAGUUUUUUUUGGAAUCAGCUCAGUGAAUCUAGGCUUGAUGUGAAUUAUAAAAUUGUGUUACUAAAUAGACGAGAUAAGGAUAAAAGUGAACCAAGUGAAACAAGGCACAAAAAUGACAAGAAUAACCGAAACCAAGUCUGUCAAAGUGGACAAUUGGGGAGUGUUCUUCCUGCAGAAGCUGCAGAACUUCUUCAACAAGACGGACCACUGCGAUUUGACCUUACAGUUCAACGAUAACUCCCAACUGAAGGUCCAUCGGUUGGUGUUGAGUGCCUGCACCGACUAUUUCAACAUGUUGGAGAACACUUGCGAAGUGUACGACGAUGUGCUCAUAAUGCCACUGGAUCUACAAGCGGAUGUUAUUGUACCUAUUGUGAAUUUCAUGUAUACUGGGACGCUUGAAUUCCAGUACAAUAUGUAUGAGAAGCUGUUGAAAACAGCCAGAGAUAUGAACAUGACGGUACUGUUGAAACUGCUAGAAGCACACAAACAAACCACGAGAAUGGUGCAAGGGACCAGGCAACCUGUUGUUUUGAACAAGCAGGCUCCUACGAGGCCAAGGCCAGAGGCUCAAAGCAACGUCAGCUUUCAAAUGCAGCCAGCGUCGCGAAACUAUGGCAUGGCGAAACAGUCUGCGCGAACAAUAGCACCGAGGGGUCCCCAGAUUUCAAAACAAAUAUCAACUUCAGCGUCCGGUUAUUCGGCGAAUACUACCAUGAGCGUAUCGGAACCACACACUCUGGUUUCAAAGUAUGCUACUGUCAAGGAUAACAAGCCGGGUCCUUCGAGGUUUGAUGAAAAUUCAUUGUCUGAAGCGUUCGAAGGAUCUUUUGAUAACAUCUCCUAUGAAAGCAAACCAUUGGUGACGGCUGAUCAGAUCAAAAAAGAAGACGAUACUUCACCGUUCGAAAAGUUGAGGAAAGGUUAUACCAACGUAAACGUCGUUAAGCGCCCGGCUCCAUCAAUAAGUGCAGCUCCUCUGGCUAAAAAACCAAACCUAGAUGAGGUUAAAGAAUUUACGGAGGCAGCCAGAUUGAGGAGUCAAAUGGUCAACGAAGAUGAUGAUUCUCCUGGAAUGGCGGACGACACUCGAUUCGACGACGAGGAGGAAGAGGAGGAACAACAACAAACCCCCAUUAAACAAAGUCCGAAAUCGUACGGCUUUAGCCCGAGUGCAACGAAACAGGUCGUCGUGAAACAGGAACCGAAAUCAACGCCUCACGUGGGAGCGGUAAAACAAAUCACUGUAAAGGAUGAGUCGGGCAGCGUUGAUCAUGCGAAGAUUAUAAGUGAGGUGCUGAAGAAAUACCCCCAUCUAGUGAAGAAGAAUAAAAACAUCAAAUUGAAAAUCAUGCAGAAAACUAAUCCCACGAACAUUUCGACACAAGGCCAGGCACAGACACCGGCCGCUCCGGUCAAAAUGGAAGUUCGCACAGCGACGCCUUUGAAGACGGACAUUUCGAUGGUACGAAAAGCGACUGAAGGUAUCCGCCAGGGUCCGAUAGCAUCUUCCACUCCUGCCCCGAAAAAGAUCGACUCCAAGACGAUGCAUGCUUUGAUUGCGAAAGGCGCCGAAAAUAUGACUGGUCCAUGGCUUUGUCUACGGUGCGGAAUUGAUGGUCGCCCGAUAAGUAUCCCUAGCUAUAAGGCAUUCCGCAAUCACCUGAUUGUUAAGCACAAGGAACGAAUCGAUGCACGCAUUUGUGAACACUGCGGUUGGAAGGCGGAGGUUCGCAAUCCGAAUUUGUUCUACCAUUGGUUGACGGAGCACAACAUAAAAUCCUCCAUCAAGUUCCCCCGUUGCGAUGAGUGUGGACACGUUGCCAUGAAUUUGAGCAAACUCCAGAAGCACGAGGAGGAAAACCAUCAGAAAGUUGAUCUUCAGCAGUGCAUUUACUGCAACAAGGUAUUCGCUAAAGAGAUGGAUCUCUACGAGCACAUGAAAAGUCUGCACAAGCAGAAGGCUCGCGAAGACGGCGUUAUAGAUUUCUCCGAAGAUGAAUAUCAAGUUGACGAAGCGGAGGAACAUUGUGUGAACAGCAGCCAGGAGAAUAAAAUCAAAAUCCUCUCCAACAUUAGCUUCACCAACAAUGCCGCCAUACCCUUCGUAAUAGACACUAGCCAGGCGCAGACGGUGUCCCAAAUCGGGGGCAAAUCCCAACUUCAUCUGCAGCAGAUCACCCUGGAACCCUCGUCGGAAGCCGAAGCGCUGAGUAAUGUGGCGUCGGGGAUUGCAACCAGCCUGGGUCUGGUGGACAACGCAAGUGUCGUGAUCGGGGAAUCCACUUUUCAGGGACAGUUCAUCGAGCACCAGUUGGCGACGGUUCACGGGGAAACCGCAACCACAACGACGGUAACAUCGGCCGUUGCACCCGAUCAGCUGACCAAGUUGAUCACCGAGGAUGGCACCGAACUGCAGCUUACUCAGAGCCAGAAGGACGAAAUUUUCUCCCAGCUGCAGAACAGCGAAAAUGGCGGCAAUGUCGUGAUGGUUUUAAAUGAUGGGAACUUCAUCAGCGGUGGCGGUUUGCAGCUCGAGGAUGGCACCCAGAUAAUCAACACGACCGGGACAACCGUGCAGGACUCGAACAUUGUGGUCAUGUAUAGCCAAGCGGGCGAGGAGCUGAUUACCCACAGCAGCACAGCACUCGCAAAGGAUGCCGGCCCCAUUAGCAGCAGUGAACAGCAACAGCAGCAGGUGGUGUCGAUGGAGGCCGACCAGCAGCCAGCUAGCGUAACGCCAGUUCACGAGGACGAAACAUCGCAGGCAUCGACGCAACCAUCGGAAAAAACUUGCGAACGAGAGACGGAAGAUGGUAGCCAUCAGAUGGAGGUCGACGAAGGUGACAGCCAGGAAGUGCCCGAGGAGGAGAGAACCGAAGAAGAGACGAAGGAAGAGGAUCAUUCCGCCGAUUUGAGUGGGUCGUCCGAAGUGCUGCAGCAAAUCGUGCAACAAGAUGAAGAAGAGGAUUCGAAGCAGGGAGAUGAUAGCGAAAAGGCAGUUAAGGAAAGGGAGAAAUUAAAGUUAAUUUCUGAACUGGAAGGCGACUGGUCGGAGGAUACAGAAGAUCAUCCGAGUGUACUCGUGGAAAAACCAGAAGCUAAAUCAGUUGAACCCGCAUCUGAUCCCCCAUCGGGGGUAGCACCAACCUCGGAAGAAAGUAAAUUCAGUGAGGAGAAAAAAGAACCACAACGAGAUAAAGAUGAGGGCAAAUUGAACGAGAGUGAGAUCAGCGAGCUGCUGGAUGAUUGGAACAAUGAAACGAAGUUUACGGAAUCGGAUUCUGACGCGGAUCUAGAGAAGAAGUUAGAAAAGGUCGUGGGAGAAAAGAAAGAAGAAUCGACUAACAUUGAAAGCAAAGAAGAUGAUGCAGUUGAAGCAUCGACUGCCGAUAAUACCGUUGACAGUGUAGAUGAUGGUGCAAAUGACACACAGGUGGUGAUAAUGCCCGCGGAAAGUGAAACCGAUAUAUCUGUAAAAGAGGAGGAAGCCGACAAAGAACAUGAUGAAAAAUCCACCACUCCGAAGGUGAAGGAACAGGACGACGUUGAAGAAGCCGAGAAGGCAGAUGAAAAGGAUGCGUCUAAGGAUGAAGAGACCAAGGCCAAGUCGAAGGAAGUUGUUAGUUCACUGCUUGGAGAUUGGGAUGAGGAUGAGGAUGAUGAUUUAUAAGAUUGUUAUAAAAAAAGAUAAAAGAACCAUGUCAAAUCACUGUUGGGACACCUUUUAUGUGCUAAUAUUAUCGAUAGCAUUCAAUGUCUGAAACAAACAUUAUAAUGUUACUCAUUUUCCAGAAUAAACUGAUUGUGUUACAAAAUACAGUGAACAAAGUGACGUAAAACAUUGAAAUAUUUAUAAUGGUUUUUUUUUUCUCGAAUUUUUCAAUAGGUGAUAGUUUCGUUGUUGAUGCUUCUGUGAAUAGGUGCUUGUGAAUGGGCAAUCUAUAUCUUCUAUUCACAAGAUCAUCGGAAAAGGGAAAAUGGAUAGAAUGAAACUGCCACAUAUUGAUUUUAUGCAUGUUUGUGGUGGCUAAAGUCACGACUUAUUGUCUACAUGAAACAAAAUUUGUGUUUUUCCUCUCCUCACAUAAAUUUUCUCGGUAAUUUGACAAUUCUUUAAGUUCUCCUCGUUUCUAAUUUUAAGUGAUUAAGGGAAUUAUGUGACACUGGAAGUACUAAUCUUUAAAGAAUGCUUAGAUGUUAGGGACUGGAUCACAAUAAUAGCCGAUAUACUUAUUAGCUCUGAAUUACAUUCGUUCUUUAUGUUGAAAAAUCGUUGUAAAGAAACGGAAAUAAAUAAAAUAAUUUGUAUUUUU